GAUGAUCCUCAAAGAAGACUUUGCGGCCGCCGUCGGCAGCAGCACCAUCCUCGAAGAAGGUGCGCUGGUCCCCGGUGGCGCGUUAAACUUGUGGUCCAAGGAAGCGUUCGCGUUGUAUUCGCAGUACGCAGCCAUCGGAAUCAUCUAUGGCAUGCUGCCCCAGCUGGCUUACCCUGUCUACGCCGUCUACUUGCAACUAGAAGGGUACCAAGUGAGUUCGUACAGCAUCCUCGUCAACUUGGCGUGGUCGUUCAAGAUAUUCUUUGGGAUGGCAUCGGACUGUGUGCCCAUCGGGGGGUACCGCCGCAAGCCGUGGAUGCUUAUCGGGUGGACCAUUUGCUUUGCGAAUUGCCUGUUUAUGGCUUUGAACCCGUUUGGCCGACCCUACUGCGACCCCCAAGUGAACGACGCAGACGCCAUGAACAAGUGCCUCAAUCGAAAGGCCAACCGCGGCGGGUACGUUCCCAACGAAGACGCGCACUCGAACCUGUACAUGUUUAUCCUUCCGUCCAUGCUUGCGAGUAUGGGGUACGUCAUGUCUGCCUGUGCCAGCGACGCCAUGGUAGUUCAGUACGCCCAGCGGGAACCCAUGGCCACGCGCGGCCGCAUCCAAACGGCUAUUUACGUGGUCAGGACGAUAGCUACGAUUGUAUCGCAGCUACUCGUGGGCAUUUGCCUCAAUAGCCGCGAAUACGGCGGCGAGUUUUCGUUUUCACUGCCCAUGAACGUCAUCUACGCGUUCUUGUGUGUGCCGUGUAUCCUGGUGUGCGCUGCGACAGUGUUUGGCAUCCACGAGUACAAGACGGAGCGCGUGCCGUUUUUAAAGUACAUGGACGGUCUGUGGUCGUUGGUUCAGAAGCAAGCGAUGUGGCAGAUCAUGGCGUUCCGAUUUCUCAGCAACGUGUUCCAAGGAUUCAGCUCCACCGCCAUCCCGUCCAUGUCGUCCGCCUGGGUCAAGCUAUGGCCCAUCGUGGACUCGAUGACCACCGCCGUGGGCUCGCUCAUCUUUGCCGCCAUCAUGUCUCUGGUUGGCAAGUACGGGCUCCAUUGGAACUGGCGGUGGACCAUCGCUGUGUCCACGCUUUGUCUCAUAUUUCUCGAUUCCCUCGUGUACAUGCUCACAAUCUGGGACGUGUGCCGCAACCAGUGGUUCUUCACCGGCGUCGUCUUGGCCGACAACAUCCCCAGUGGCGUCCGGUUCAUCGUGUCCAUCUUUUGUGCCGUGGAAAUCGCCGACUUGGGCAACGAAGGCACGGUGUAUGGCCUCGUAACGACUGUCAACAACCUCGCGAGUCCCGUCGCGGGGGUGCUGUACAAGUGGAUCAACGCGUACUUCAAGGUCACGCUAAACGACAUCAAGACCGACACGACCGAGGUGCGGUGGCACGUCACGUAUACGUUUUGGAUUGCCUAUGGCAUGAAGAUCCUGUCCCUGGCAUGGCUGGUGCUGCUGCCGCCACAGAAAGCCCACCUCCAGCGCCUGAAAAAGUACGGCGUCAAGAGUCCAUUGGCCGGCGUCCUCUGCAUCUGUCUGUUCUUGUCGUUUCUUGUGUUCUCCGUGGUCACCAACUUGAUGUCGAUCUUCCCGUCCACGAGGUGCCACCGAAUCGCAGGCGGCAAGGGGUGCAAGCCAGAAUUUACAGACACAUGUGUAUGUUGAGCGCGAUGGAUGGCCAUAUGUGGGAGUGCAUGUCGUUUGGUAGACUGGGAUGGAACGUUUCUCGCAGUUGUGUAUGUUAAUCGAAAUAUUAGUAUUUUAAUACUAAUAUUUAAAAUAG